CCCUCGGUGCGGCCGCCACACGCCGCCGGAGCUCGGACCGGGCGCCAGUUGCCUCGUCGUCGUGCCUCGCCGCGGCCGCCCAGCCCGGAGCCGGCGGGAGGAGCCCCGUGCUCGCCAUGUCGGUCGCGCUCGGCAACAGGUUCCAAGGAGGGAAGGCGUUCGGCUUGCUCAAAGCCCGGCAGGAGAGGAGGCUGGCCGAGAUCAACCGGGAGUUUCUGUGUGACCAGAAGUACAGUGAUGAAGAGAACCUGGUGGAAAAGCUCGCGGCCUUCAAAGAGAAGUACAUGGAGUUUGACCUGAACAAUGAGGGCGAGAUUGACCUGAUGUCUUUAAAGAGGAUGAUGGAGAAGCUCGGGGUCCCCAAGACCCACCUGGAGAUGAAAAAGAUGAUCUCAGAGGUGACAGGUGGGGUCAGCGACACCAUCUCCUACCGUGACUUCGUGAACAUGAUGUUGGGGAAGCGGUCGGCUGUGCUCAAGCUAGUCAUGAUGUUUGAAGGAAAAGCCAACGAGAGCAGCCCCAAGCCAGUUGGUCCCCCUCCAGAGAGAGACAUUGCCAGCCUGCCCUGAGGACCCCCGUCUGGACCUGCCCCCAUUCCUCCCCCCUAAUCUUGCGGCCCUUCUUGACUCAUUGUGAUUUGUCUUCUUUGUUUUGUUUGGUCUUUGUGCGUUUGUUUAUUUUUUUAAUCAGCAGAACCGGUGAUCACUUUGUAAAGCA